AUCACUUCAGUUUGAGCCAUCGAAACGACAACAAACGCUAUGAAAUAUAACCAAUUUAAUUCAUUAGACUAAUUAAUAUCGAAGCCCAUUUACGAGAACUCUGCGACGUUCAGUUUGAAUUUUGUGUAUUAUAAUUUUUAGUGAGCAAUUCCGUAGAAAAAUGGAUACAAUUUAUAAUUUAAAGUUUUUAACGUUGUUAACUCGAUUUAGUGUAUGUUUUCUGGGAUGUUCACUCAUUUAUUAUACGUAUCGAUAUUGGAUUCGUGGUGAACGCUAUACCAAAGAUGCUGAGUCACCUGAUAAAGUUGCAAUUGUGACGGGUGCUAGCAAGGGUAUUGGCAAAGAAGUGGCAUAUGGUUUGGCCAAACGUGGAUUGCAUGUCAUAAUGGCGUGUUACGAUAUGAAAAGUGGAUUGCAAACACAAGAUGAAAUUAUUAAAAAGACGGGCAAUACAAAUGUGAAGUGUAUGCACCUCGAUUUGAGUUCAUUUAAAUCAAUACGCAGCUUUGCCGAUGAAUUUCUCAAUUCCGGGUCACGGCUUGAUAUUUUAAUCAACAAUGCGAAUGUAUUUCACAUGAAACGACGACUAACCGAAAAUCAUAUCGAAAAGAAUAUUGCCAUCAAUUAUUUUGGCCAUUUCCUAUUGACCUUGUUGUUGAUCAAGCGCAUGUCACAGACAGUACCGACUCGAGUGAUUAAUGUUACGAAUUGGGUGCAUCGAUGCGUCGAAAUCGAUCCAACCGAUUUAUUAAAUCAACGGCAGUUCUGUGGAUUUAUGGCUUAUGCACGAAGCACACUUGCCAACGUCUUUUUUACACUUGCCCUUACCGAACGCAUCGAGAAUACGGGCAUCACCUGCAAUUGUAUUCAUCCCGGUAUAUCGUUGACCAGUGUUAUAGACCGUCAAUCAUCUGAAUCCACUUGGUUUCAGCCAAAGCUAUUGGCAAAAUUCUUGUCGAACAUUCUUUGCAAAUCGGAUCGUGCAUGCGCCGAUACAAUCAUUUUUGCCGCCAUCGAUAUCAGUGUUCAGAAUCUCAGCGGAAUUUAUCUAUCAGAUUGUCAAAUUGGGCAACCCGGAGCAAAUGUUAACAAUCGCAAUAUCGCCGAAUGGCUAUGGAAAAAAAGUGAAGAGAUCACCGGCGAAACGCUCUGCGAUUUGCCGAAUAAUUUUAAAUUUUUAAAAAAAAUCAUCAAAUCAUUCGAUGAGUUAAUGCAUGGCAGAGAAAGAGAUAAAACUACAGCAAUUUUACAGAAAAAUCUCAACACGCAUGUAGAAAGUUAUACAGCAGUGGCAGUAGCAGCAGUAACAGGAGAGAAAGAGAAACAACGUACAGCGCAUUUUUAUCAAGUACAUCAGCGUUCGGCCCGUUCCAACAUGAAUACAUCAAAGCUGAGUGGAGUUUUAAAUUUUGCCAGAAAAUGGAUUCAGGGCGGCCAAUUCUACAGCAACGUUCGCAUCGAUGGAAAAGUGGUGAUAGUCACCGGCUGCAAUACGGGCAUCGGCAGAGAAACGGUGCUGGAUUUGGCUGGACGCGGUGCACACAUUCAUAUGGCAUGCCGUGACUAUAAGCGCUGUGAAAUCACGCGUCAGGAAAUCAUCGCAAAAACCGGCAAUCAUAAUGUUUUCAAUCGGGAAUUAGACUUAUCUUCAAUGGAUUCGAUUCGGAAAUUUGUGGCCAAAUUUUUGCAAGAGGAAAAACGUUUGGACAUUCUAAUUAACAACGCUGGUGUGAUGGCUAUGCCAAAGGCGCUAACAAAAGAUGGUUUCGAAAUGCAAUUGGGCGUGAAUCAUUUGGGCCACUUUUUACUAACAAAUCUACUGUUGGACAUUUUGAAAUCAUCUGCACCGAGCCGAAUUAUUGUGCUCUCAAGUUUGGCGCAUAAAUACGGCGAAAUAAAUCGUAAUGAUUUGAACAGCGAAAAAUCGUACAAUAAGUACAAUGCGUAUUCUCAAAGCAAAUUGUCCAAUAUUUUGUUUACGCAAGAGUUGGCAAAACGCUUAAAAGGCACCGGAGUAACUGUGAACUGCGUUCAUCCAGGCAUCGUUAAAACGGAUUUAGGUCGACACUUGGUGCAUUCUUACAUUAAAAAACUCAUUGAUCCAUUUACGUACUACUUCUUCAAAACGGCCAAAUCGGGUGCACAAACUUCUAUUCGGCUGGCGGUUGAUCCCGAACUGGACAAAGUGACCGGCCAAUAUUUUGCCGAUUGCCGAAUGCAAAAAGUGGCUGCUUCAGCUCGUAAAAAUAACAACGAUGCCGAAUGGCUGUGGCAAGCGAGCGAGAAAAUGACCCGACUUUCAUCACAUACCCAUCCAGUUUAAAUGUGCAAGGAGAUAAAAAUCACAACAACACAAAAUUUAAAAAGAAUUUCCUUUUCUUUGUAUAAAUUAUGCGUUUGUCUUGCAAAUUUUCUUUUUUUCGAAAAAAAAACAAUUUUAAACAUUCACAGAUAAGAGAGUAAAAUCAUUUAAACAAUUA